UCUAGAAGCUGGUAUUUACGUAAGCGUCGCCAAGAUCUCGGCUUGAUGCGUCAAACAAACGAAAACCCGACCACGUUCGGGUUCGGGCAGAACGCUGUGGAAGGUUCCAGAUAAAAAAAAACAAGCGUCGCCAAGCGUCGUCAAGCGUCGUCAAGCGUCGUCAAGCGUCGUCAAGCGUCGUCUUGCUUCGUACAGUGUCGGCCAAGGUCGCUAAGUUCAUCGUAAACCGAAACGUGCUACGAGGCUGCUACGAGAAAGUACGAGCUUAGACGAACGGAUGUACUUGAAUGAGCACAAGUGAACACGAGUGACAACACGAGUGGCAAGUAAAUGAAUGAGCUGCUGUACGAUUGCCGCCCGAUUAAAAUCGUAUGGUUGCCUUGGGAGAGCUUUUUUUUUUUCUACGGUGGCUUGGCAUGCUGGGUAUCCAAGUGCAAAAUUUCCACACUGGGGUAGGUAGGAGUGAGURUGGUACCACUUGAUCAAAGUCCCGUAUGUUCAUCAGAAGUUAGAGCGCGAAAUUUUAAAGGAACCAGACUGAAAAAAAGAGUCAGCGAAAACUACUUCUUAGGAAGACGAAACUUGCUUUCUUAAAAUAUCUUAUGCUCUCCUAAUCAUGGAAAGUAAAGCUCUUUCAGAUUUAGCUCGAAAGAUGGGUAUUGAUUCUCCACAAGUGGUAAAAAAAGCUGCUGAAUAUUCAAGACUUGUGUCAGUUCAAGGAUCGAGUUUGACUCGUUCUCUCGGGUUGAGCGGGUCUGCCAAGUCCGUUAUUUGCUUGGAACUUGCUACAAGCAGUUGUAACAAUCCAGUUGAUAAGAAAACAAUACUACGUCUGUCUGGGAUGCCAACCAAAAAGGCGUACCAUCAUGCAUAUAAAACACUAGAAUGUUUAUUAGGAAGAGAGAAGUCCUACACAGUCCAUGAUCUUGCAGUGCAGUUUGGUGUACUUGAAGCUGCAAAACUUGCUGAAUCAGUUUUUCAAAGCUAUCAGGAACAGUUUUCAAACCAGAUGGAGGUAGAUUUCAGCAAACCAAUCUUUCCAGCAGCUGCACUUUUUGCUGUCUGUAGAAUGCAGAAGAUUCGUGUUGACAAAACAAAACUUUUGGACCUCUUAGGAGUCAAGAAAUCCCAAUUUGACAAGCUGACCCAAGAUAUGCAAAAGAUAUCUAGUGAAAGAUUAAGUGAGAGCCAUGAAUGAUAAUAUACAUCUUUACCUUGGGUGUAAUAUUUUCCCAUUUCAAACUAUGUGACAUUCUCUAGAAUAUCAUCUGUUUGUUUAAUGGUUACACAUAAGAAGACGCAUGAAUACAUGGAUACAACUCAAACAAAGAAUCUUAU